CCUGGAAGCAUGGCGGGCCGCAAAGCUGCCAUCAAGGCCAUUGACUGGGCAGCCUUCGCCGAGAGGGUGCCCCCCAACCAGAGGGCCAUGUUCAACGCCCUGAAGACCCGCAGCGACGCGCUGUCGGCCCGGUUGGCUGCCCUGCCGGAGAAACCCCCGACCAUCGACUGGGCCCACUACAGGGCUACUGUUGCUAAAGCUGGCAUGGUGGAUGAUUUUCAGAAGAAGUUCAGUGCACUAAAGGUUCCUGAGCCAGUCGAUACACAAACUGCCAAAAUUGAUGCCCAAGAGCAGGAAGCUGCAAAGAGCACGGCUGAAUAUGUGCAGGCUUCCAAAGCUCGUAUUGUCCAGUAUGAGCAGCAACUUCAGAAGCUCAGAAGCAUGAUUCCCUUUGAACAGAUGACGUUUGAAGACUUACAUGAAGCCUUCCCUGAAACCAGACUGGACAAGGAGAAAUAUCCAUACUGGCCCCACAAACCGAUUGCUGAUCUGUAAACUUGUCUGGAAGCAGUUUGUCUAACGACUGUCAGACUCUUAUGAUCUUUUAAAUAAAGUACUUUCCCUCCUGUC